UGGACGUGCGCGGCGUUGCCAUGGAGGCGUCUUUAGGGCAGGUGCUGACUCUGGUGCUGGUGGCCGCUCUGUGGGGCGGUACGCAGCCGCUGCUGAAGCGGGCGUCCGUAGGGCUGCAGCAGGUGCACGAGCGGACGUGGGCCCGGCAGUUGCUGCAGGAGAUGAAAAGCCUCUUCUUGAACACUGAGUAUCUGAUGCCCUUCCUCCUCAACCAGUGCGGCUCCCUGCUCUACUACCUCACCUUGGCAUCCACAGAUCUGACUCUUGCUGUGCCCAUCUGUAACUCGCUGGCCAUCAUCUUCACGCUGAUUGUCGGGAAGAUCCUUGGAGAAGAAAUCGGUGGGAAUCGUAAGUCAGGCUGCUGCGCUCUCGGGGCUGUGCCGGGCCGGGGUGAGUCCCACAGCCCCUCUCCCAGGGGCUGCCCCUCGCUUCUGCGCCCUUCCUGCUUCCUCACAGUCAUCAGUUUCCCUCCCCUAGACACUUUGGGGACAGAGGCUGGGACAGACAUUUGGAUCAAACCUGGGUGAGCUCUCCCCACCCCCACCCCGGCCCAAUAUCAGCUCCUCCUGGCAUGGCCCAGCCUGCAGCCCCCUGGUGUUUGCCCAU